UUUCCUCGAAACAACACACCCAAGCAAGAUAACUUAAGCUUUGCAAAACUCAAUCCAUCUAUCAAUCUCCUCCUACUCCAAUUAAUACGUGGCACUCUCUCAAUCUCUUGUUUUUCUGGCUCUUGAACGAUGAAGAGCACAACCACCGUUUCUGCAACAUCUCCCUCACAGAAUUCGCCCACUCAUCUUGAAGUGAAACCGCGCUCCCUUUCCCAAGAGAAGAUUAUCCACAAAUUUAAGUCUCCCACCUCCACUGAUGUUCAGGCGCCAAAAUCUCCCACAAGAGCUGUGAUCAGACGCUUCGUUAAAUCGCUCUCUAAAAAUGCCCUCAAAUUGGCCUCCAACUUCUCCCCUCGCAGGCGUGCCGCCGCCUCUCUUUCUUUCCAGUCUUCGCCGCCACAAUCAUUUUGUGAAGCGCGAGAAAGAAUGGUGGAAGAGGUGUGUGAAGUUUUCAGGUACCUCGAUGCCGAUGGAGACGGCAAAAUAACUUGGGUGGACCUCCAAAGUGCACUAAACUCUGUGGGUGAGGAGGUGGGCGAGAAUGAAUUGCGAGAGAUGAUAAAACAGUUGGGUUCUGAGGUAGACGGGUGUAUGGAUGUGGAUGGGUUUGUACGACUUCACUGUGAAGAGAGAGGAGAGGAGGACGCAGAGAAAGAAUUGGCGGCGGCAUUCAGGAUGUUCCAGGGAACUAAUUCAACAGGCAUUACUCCUGCGGGACUCCAGCGUAUGAUGUGCCGCCUCGGCGUGGAAAAAUCUGUCACUCUGGACCACUGUGCUUUCAUUAUAUCUCAGGUGGACUUGGAUGGAGAUGGAGUGGUGAGCUUCAGCGAAUUCAAGCACAUGAUGACUUGUGUUGUUCAUUAAUUACCUCUACUUCUCAGAUUGCAGUUUUAUUUCUCCAGUCAUACUUUUCUUUGAUCAGUAAGGGCUCUUUGUAUACUUUUGCUUGAUCAUUAAAACAAGCUAUGGGCUCUGUACAUGGAUUUCUUUCUUUUCCGUCAAAUCGGGAAAUGUAAUCUCUUUUUCGUACGUUUUAGUUGGAAAUGCGAACUUCAUGUAAGGAACAUGUUUUCCUUAGCUAAGCAGAUAUCGAAUGAGAUUUUUUAGAGUAUUAUCUGUAUUUCAAUACCGAUGCUUUCAGCGAUUUCCUUUCUCAUUGAGACAAAGGCUCAUUCUUUGUGGAAUUUUUUUAGUCCAUGGUUUAAGCAGGGAAUCAAUGUUUUCAUCUAGAAUCUCAUUCUCUUGUAAGAAAAAAAAAUUCCAAUUGGAGUCGUUCCUUUGACUCACAAAUAUAUGAAAUAUUGGGGAUUCUUGUUCA